CGGGAAGAAGAGGAAGCUGCCUCCCCCCAGUAUGCCUCGCGUGCGGUAGAGGUUAGUGCGCUUGCGUGGUGUGUGGCCGGUUUUCAGCUCUACGCAAGAUGGCGACGGGCUCCUCGGAUCCCCUGGAAGAGAUGCUGCUCUUCACUGAGGAGGUGGAUGAGAAGGUGGUCAGUGAUCUGGUGGGCUCUUUAGAAUCGCAGCUGAUAGGAGGAAAAAAUUCCGUCGAGGCGCCCCAGCCCAGGACCUUCGCCCCGUCCCAACAGCAGCAGCACCAGGGGAGCCUAGUAGGGAGCAGCAGCCCCGUUCAGCAGCAGCAAGGACAUCCCGUGCCUCCUUCCACUCCCGGAGCGGAGGAGGAGGAGGAGGAGGAGGCGGCGGUGGGAUGCCCCGGAGUCGCGGAGAGCCGAGCCCCUGUUCAGGGACAGCUCCCAUUCCCCCCGGCGGCGGCAGUGGCGGUGGCAGGGAGGGGAGCGAGUGUAAACAGUAGUAGUGUGCAGCAAUCACAUGGAGCGACUCUCGGCAGCGGCGGCGACAACCCCGGCGCGCUCGCCGCCCUUGCACCGCCACAGCCCGCUGCUCCCCCGCCUGCCAGCGUCCCUGCUCAGUCUGUGAACAACCACGUGGCUGUUGGCGCUGCUGCCCGGGACACGGGGAGCCCCAGCGGCAAUCCGCCCGGCGCCAACAGCGCGGUACUGCCCCUGCAGCGCAAUGAGGCCGCGGAGGGUAGCGGGACCUCGGCAGAGGGCGGCGGGCCGGAGGGAGCUGCGGAGAAUGCUUCUGCCGCCGCCACCACGUCACUCCCCGUCAAGGCGGCGCUCAACGGGGAGGGCGCCUGGGGCCAGCUGGCGGCAGUCCCAUUAGCCAGCAUUCACGGCAGAGCCGAUGCCGCUACGGCACAGACCAAGCCUGCGCACGGCCCGCUCUCCGCUGUAAACGCACUCGGUACCUCCGCUAGCCCUGCGCCUGCCACCCCACCGGGGCAGGGCUCGACUGCCAACUGCACCCCGCCGGGCCCCGCCGCUCCCAAGCUAGCGGUUAGCGCUGCCAAGGUGAGCGCUGCCCCUUCAACCGCCCCCCAGGCCCUAUCACCCCGUCUGGCGCUGGGCGCUGCCUCCAGGAUCGUGGCCCCGCAGCUGAUCGUGAGGUCGCCACAGCAGACCACCAUCCAGCUGCCCCCCGGUUUCACCAUACCGCCCGAUAUGGUCUUGGUGCGCAUGGAUGUUGGACAGCUUGUAAUGAUGCCUCAGCAGGCUCUAGCACAGGCUCAAAUGCAGGCUCAAGUACACAUGCAGGGACAGGGUCCUGUCAGCAUGUCUCAGAGACUUUCUGUGCCCACAACUGGCCCUGUUUUUCGCCUAUCAACAACUCAGCAACCAACUUCUGUAGCCACAUCUACUGUUCACCUGGGAUUUCCAGUGCAAGCCAAAUUUGUUCAAUCAGCUGUUACACCUGUCAGUGGUACAUCUGCUGAGACUCUGCCAGGAGGCUCUAUUCUCUCCCAUACCACAGUAUCAGUAGCUACAUCAAGUGCUCAGAAUUUAUUCAAGACAACAGUAGCAAUUGGAACAUCAGCUUCUCAACAACUUGCAGUAAUCGCUGCUGGACAAACUAAAGCUUCAGCACAAACACAGUGUCAGCCUCAGCUGUCACUUCAACCUCAUACAACAGCACAAGUACCAGCACAGCCCCAGGUCAUACCAAGCGCUCCUGUACCUGGAAUUACAGUUGUAUCACAGGAAAUGGAAGAGAAUGUGAAAAAAUGCAAAAACUUCUUAGCUACCCUUAUAAAACUUGCUUCUCAUAAUUCACCAUCUCCAGAAACAUCCCGUAAUGUGAAAGCUCUGGUUCAAGAUUUGUUGGAUGCAAAGAUUGAUCCAGAAGAAUUUACAGGCCGCCUUCAAUCAGAACUCAGGUCAUCUCCUCAGCCGUAUCUCGUACCUUUCCUUAAGAAAAGUCUACCUGCAUUGAGACAAUCUUUACUGAAUAGUCAACAUUCAGUUUUGCAAGGACAGCCAUCUCAGCAGUCACUUCAACAAACCAGGAUAUCACAAGUUAUACCUCAGUCUGCCUCUGGAAGCAUUUCCUCUGUUGUCACCAAACAGACAAUAGGAAUAAGGCAAUCAAACAACAUUUGCACAGUCUCUGUAUCAAAUACAGUGCAGCCUCCUCAGGUUAAGUUGGUACAAUCCAAUCAGAGUUCUCAACUGCAUAUUAUCCAGUCAACAUCUGCUCAAACUGUGAAACGAACCCCUGCUUGCCAGACUACCCAGAUUAGGAUGCCAGUGGUAGUAACUCAGACCAUUAGACCACAAGGAACACUAGGGAAGGCACCAACAAUACAAGCCAGCAAAAGUCCUGGAGGCUUUGGUAUUCAGGUCUGUGCAAAUCAGACAAACAAGCUGAAUGACCCUGGAGGUGGUUCUUUCAGAGAUGAUGAUGAUGUCAAUGAUGUUGUCUCUGUGGCUGGUGUUAAUGAAGAAAGUGCCUGCAUUAUGGCUACCAACUCUGACUUGGUUGGAACCCAGAUACAGUCCUGUAAAGAUGAACCCUUUCUUGCUGCUGUACCUCUACAUAAACGCAUACUUGAAAUGGCUAAAAAAAUAGGAAUUACUGAUGUGCCAGCUGAGGUGGUUACUUUUAUUUCCCAUGCAACACAAAACAGAUUAAGAACAAUGAUAGAAAAAUUAAGAGUGAUAACCCAGCACCGCAUGGAAUCAUACAAAGAUGAUGAGUGGUAUGAACAAGCUACAGAUGUCCGAUCACAGUUAAAGUUUUUUGAACAGUUGGAGCGUUUAGAAAAGCAAAGGAAAGAUGAACAAGAGAGGGAAAUCUUGCUGAAGGCUGCCAAGAGUCGCUCAAGGCAAGAAGACCCAGAGCAAGCCAGACUGAAACAGAAAGCAAAGGAGAUGCAGCAACAAGAACUUGCGCAGAUGAGGUACAGGGAUGCCAAUCUCACUGCAUUGGCAGCUAUCGGUCCUCGGAAGAAAAGGAAGCUUGAUUCGCCUGGACUGGUUACCAUAGGAGGAGAGGGUCUUGGUAUGUCUGGUGGAGGUCAGGCUGGCUUGGGCACUCCUUCAUCCUGGCAGUAUGCACGACAGAAAAUAACUCGCGUAAACCUCAGGGACUUCAUCUUCUACAUGGAACAGGAAAGAGAAACGAGCCAUUCUCUCCUGCUCUAUCGAGCUCUGCUUAAAUAAAGCCAAGAAUUGUACUGAAUUCUCCAUACAGAAGCUCAACUUGCAUUGAAAAGCUGUCAUUUUAAUGUGCCUUCUAUUUUUUUCAGAAGUCAAUGUUCCAGUAAUUUUGUUUUGUAAAAUUGCCAGACACAUGCAAUAAUUCCCUUUAUGUUAAAAAAAAAAUAUAUAAAACACACACAAAAAGGUGUGCAAAAGGUUUUAAAAUGUUAAAUACAGAGACACAACCAACAUCAAAGUCUUGCUCCAUUUGGCCACUUCAGCUACAGUGGAUGACGUUGACUGACAAGGCUGCUAUGAUGACUCACCACAACUAUUUGCGUAAGGAGCACUGGGACAGGUUCACAGGAUUAGGACCUAACCGUGGUGUUAACCUGUAUGUUCAUGGAUGGUACUAGGUUUGUUUACUUUUUAGUUUCAGUAGCACUGUUUCUGCUAACCAUAGUGAUACCUAUUGUUAUUUUAGAUUAGUUAUAAUUGCAAAUUUUGCACAGCUAAGAGAAUAGCCACUGUACACUCUCACAAAUUUUAUCUAGUUAAGAUUUCUGCUUUUACUGCACAGCUCAUUUCUUCUGAGCCAUUUGCUGAACCAAAUCCUAAGUGUAUGAAAUCUGUGUGUGUGGGUCUUAGCUGAGUUACCUUGACUAGCUUCCAGUUGUUUUCUAAAAUCUUCUCAACCUUUUGUGCAUUUGUAGCAAUUGGUUAGUAACACGAAUCAAAGUUGGGUUUUAUUUUCUACAAAAAAAAAAAUUAUUUAUUGCAAAGUGUAUGAUUUAAUGGUGGUUUUAAAAGAGAAUAUCAUUCAGUGAAGAUUAUAGAGUAUUCUGUAUGGACUUUAAAGUCACUGUAAAGGAAGUUUUGGGGCCCAGUUCCACUAGUGGAGGAUCAGGCAAGCUCCAGUGCCGCAGUGCCAAGGGCCUGGCCAUGCCCUGGCCUUGGACAAUUGGACCUGAGGACUACAGUCAAGAGAGGCUUAUGAACAAGCGCAUGACUUGAAGCAUAAUGAGUAGAUGUAAGUACUUAAAGGUGGGAUGAAUGCUUUUUAAAUGCUUUGCUGAAUUGGGAUUUAAGAGGCCCACACCAAAGCCAAGUGACAUUAAUGUGAGCCUUUUAAAUGGGUAUUGGCUAAGAGUAUUGAGCAGGCACACGGGCACAAGUUGUACUUCAAACAUAACAGUAUUAGCAGAAACCAUGGAAGGGAGAAAUUUGCUUUUUUAUCUUGCCAAUUUUUUGAGGUUUUUUUUGUUUUUUUUUUUGAUAGGGAAACCAUAGCAAAAGCACAAAUAAAACUAUUUGUCCAAUAGUUUUAAAAACAAAAGUUUUAUCUUUUUUUAAGGUUUAUGGAAAGCAGAAGAAAAUUUAUACUGCUGCUGCUUAGCCAAAAGAUUAUUCAUAAGGUAUUAAGGCCAUGAAGUGUAAAAUUAUGUUUUAAAUGUAUUGGUAAUUUGUACAUACUGUUUAUAAAGGCCUUGUGUUUAUUAGAAUUACAUUAUUCUGAUGAUUUAUGUACAUACUCGUAAAUACCCCUAAUUUGUGUGAAAACAUACUCUUAUUUGUAUUUAUUUUGUAAAUAAAUAAAAAUUUACUAAAGUAA